AGUCUAUGACCCAGCGGACAAGGUGGUACAAUAGCCCUGUUAUGCCGUAAUGCGGAGAGCUUGCUGCUAACUCUGGGAAAUACUGUCCCCCCAAAAAUACCGUUUUACUAAGAGUCUGCGGUGUUUUAUAUGUGAGGAAUUGGGUGAUAGAAAUCACGAGCUGCAGAAUUUACCGCUGGCCCAAGGGAUGAGAGGAGGUUGGUUGGAGUGCACCAGAGGAAGACUUUGUGACGUGACAUUUAUGGAUACGUCAGGAUGAAACGGCUCAGGUCUUCAAGCAGCAGUGACAGUUCUGACAAUGAGAGUCCUUCCACCUCAUUCUGCUCCUCCAACAAGUAUGGAAGCAAACCUGGAACCCCUGCUCCCAUGCCCAAGAAACCAGCAGAGGUGUUCAGGAAAGACCUGAUCAGUGCCAUGAAGCUGCCAGACUCUCACCAUGUCUCCCCUGAAGACUAUUACCUGCUGGGGGACACCUGGAGACAGGAGUGGGAGAAGGGGGUGCAGGUGCCCGCCUUCCCUGAAACCAUCCCACACGCCUCUAUCAGGAACAUAGCGGAGAAGCCUAAGGAGACGGUGUUCACCCUACAGAAGAGGUAUAUCCAGUGUUGGAGCCAGGCCUCUACAGAGACGGGUUACGUUAACAUCAAGGAGCUGGCUGAGGCCAUGUGCUCUUAUGACCUGGAUAACAUGGACCUCUACUGGCUGCAGGCACUCAACGCUGAGCUGGGACACAUGGGGGAGGGGCCUGUAGACGAGCUGACAAUGGAGCGCACCAUGGAGGCGUUGGAGCGUCAUUGCCAUGACAACAUGAACCACGCCAUCGACACGGUAGAAGGGCUGGGCAUCGAGUACGACGAGGAUGUCAUCUGUGACGUGUGUCGCUCCCCCGACAGCGAGGAGGGCAACGACAUGGUCUUCUGUGACAAAUGUAACAUCUGUGUUCAUCAGGCGUGUUAUGGUAUAGUGAAGGUACCAGAUGGUAACUGGCUGUGCAGGACGUGUGUCCUGGGCAUAGACCCCCAGUGUCAGCUGUGCCCCAUCAAGGGAGGGGCGAUGAAGGCUACGAGGGCGGGCACCAAGUGGGCACAUGUCAGCUGUGCCCUGUGGAUCCCUGAGGUGAGCAUAGCGUGUCCAGAGAGGAUGGAGCCCAUCACCAAAGUGUCUCACAUCCCCCCUUCCCGCUGGUCUCUCAUCUGCAGCCUCUGUAAACUGAAGACUGGUGCCUGUAUACAGUGCUCAGUGAAGAACUGCACCAUCCCGUUCCAUGUGACGUGUGCCUUCGAGUACAGCCUGGAGAUGAAGACUGUCCUGGAUGAAGGAGACGAGGUGAAGUUCAGGUCCUACUGCCUGAAGCACAGCAAGCCCAAGAACCAGGCCUCCUCCGACCCAACAGCCCCCGGCCUCAGCCCCUGUCAACCAGCCCACAACAAGCAGCCCAAGGCAGGGGAGCCAGGCUCCGGUCUCAGUCCGGCCCGGCCCAAACCACCCGCAGACCCAGAGAGGGGGGGCCUGAGGGCCCAAAGGUUACUAGAACUAGAGGAGGAGUUUUCUACUCUGAUUCACCCUGAGGAGCUGGCCCUGAACCUGGGCCUCCCUCCCAGCCUGCUGGACUUCAUCUACCAGUACUGGAAACUGAAGAGGAAGAGCAACUUCAACCGUGCUCUGCUUCCCCCUAGUGAGGAGGAGGGUAACCUGCUGCUGUUGCCUCAUGAAGACAGCAUCCACACACGGAUGAGGAUGUUCAUGCACCUCAGACAGGACUUAGAGAGGGUGAGGAACCUAUGUUACAUGGUGAGUCGGAGGGAGAAGCUGAAACUGUCUCAGAGCAAGGCCCAGGAGCAGAUCUUCAACCUCCACGUCAAACUGCUCAACCAGGAGAUCUCCGCUGGUCUGCCGGUGGACAGCAUGUUGUUCCGGCCUCCUCCCAGAAUCACCCUGAAGCUGAAGAUGCCCAAAGUGUCGCUGGGUAAUGGGAAGACCGGCUCCAAGUCAGGCAACGGCCCCCUCUGUCCAGAUAACAGCGGGAAUGUUCACGAACGUAGUGGGGGAGGGAAGGGGCUGGGGAAGCCUCAGCUCCAUGGGCGAGGCAGGAGAGAGGAGCGCUCCAAUGGCAGUCUACUAGGCUCAGCCCUGCCUAUCAAAUCUACUGGCAAGCCCCUGACUGGCAAAACCUUAACGGGUAAACCCCUGGUGCUCCAUGGCCAUUCCUCCAAUGGAAAUGUUAAACUGGACCCAGACCGAGCGGGCCACAUCCCCAAAUCCAACGGUGUGAUGGAGAAGAUGGUGGGCGUGACCCAGAAGGACACCGCCUGUCAGACCCCCAGUGAACAGGAAGCUGGUGAGGGGUCAGGGGGCAAGGGCAGCCAGUCAGCAAGCUUCAGGAGGUCAACCAUGGAGCACUUCAGCCGGUCAUUCAAGGAGGCGACGGUCAGUUUGGUGCGGACCACGGAGGACCUGCGGGGGGACAAGGUUUCCCAAGGGGGUAAAGGCUCCAGAUCAGUCCAGGACCGGCCCUGGGCCAAACCAGCUGCUGGAGGCCCCCAGGGACUCGGUGGUACCAGAUCAGCCCAGGACCAACCCUGGGCCAAACCAGCUCCUGGAGGCCCCCAAGGAGCCAGUGGUACCAGACCACCACCCUACCAGGAGACGGAUGGAUACUGCCCUGACCUGGAGCUCAGUGACUCGGAGCCAGAGGCUCAAGGUCAGAGGUGGAGGCAGGGUAGGGGUGACUCGGGGGGCCAGGCAGGAGGAGACUACAGCAGGGGGAACAGCAGAGGGAAGCAGGGCCUGGGGGGGUCCAGUAGAACCUCAGCACAGAGGUGACAUCCCUGACCCCUCACCUACUGUAGACACUGGCCCCAGUUCUGUCACCGCUCUGUCAUUCCCUCUCUGACCACUGGAGCCCUGACCAGCCAUAGAGCAGCAGGGGCCAAUCGCAGCCAUCUAUUGGUAAACUGGGGCAUCUAUUGGUCAACUGGGACCAGGCCCCCCAACACUGGCUGGAGCAUCGAUCUAUUGGUCAACUGGGACCAGGGCCCUCUACACUGGCUGGGGCAUCUAUCUAUUGGUCAACUGGGACCAGGCCCCCCUACACUGGCUGGAGCAUCGAUCUAAUGGUCAACUGGGACCAGGGCCCCCUACACUGGCUGGGGCAUCUAUCUAUUGGUCAACUGGGACAGGGCCCCCUACACUGGCUGGGGCAUCUAUCUAUUGGUCAACUGGGACCAGGCCCCCCUACACUGGCUGGGGCAUCUAUCUAUUGGUCAACUGGGACCAGGGCCCCCUACACUGGCUGGGGCAUCGAUCUAUUGGUCAACUGGGACCAGGGCCCCCUACACUGGCUGGGGCAUCUAUCUAUUGGUCAGCUGGGACCAGGGCCCCCUACACUGGCUGGGGCAUCUAUGUAUUGGUCCGCUGAGACACAUACAGACAGGAGCAAAGGACUGAUGCAUGGCGGGCGUCCUAGCCCAGAUCAUCACCUCAAUGGGACUCCGACGUGUGUCCUCCUGUUACGGAUCCUCUAUCUCUCUCCAUGCUCGCUGUGAGCGGAGCAGUGUUGUACUGUCUUCUGAGAUUAAACGACUUGUCUGUUUA